AUGCAUCAAGAGCAGCCAAAGAUACUGGUGCAAAUGUGGGCCAAAGACACAAAGCAGAACCACAACAAUUGUAAAAGACAAAAAACGGAACAGACAAAGAAAUACAAUAUCGAUCCCGUCUGGAGUGCAGAAGAUGUGUACCUAUCACAUCCUGAAGAAAGGAGUGGGGCUGGGAAUGGAGGAGGGGGGAAAGAAAUGGUUUGCUGCAACAAUCCUCGUCCAUCAACGGGCGCCAAGGGUGGAAGAAAAAGCAAGAAGCACAAGCCACGGUGCAGCGGAAGCAAAAUGGAAGCGCAAUCCAAGUUUCGACAAAACUUCUAUGCGAAAAACACAAGCAAUUUCUUUGGGAACAAGAUUAGCCUCCUCCUCUCAUAUUGCAAAUCUUUGCUUCUGGAGUUUUUCCCCGAUGUCGACCCAUGGAAUUCGCAAACCUUUACGGAGCCUUGCAUCAAAGUGCCCAAAAUAAGGUACAAAUAA